GUUUUAUGACCCGGCGGGCCGCCGGGAGUUGACCCCGCGCUCGCUGUCAACAAAGCUUCGCCGAGAACAUGGCGAAUCACUACGAAAUUCCGAAAUGGGCAGGUAAACCUCCUGUAGGUUUACACUUAGAUGUGGCAAAAGGAGAGAAGCUGAUUCAAAAACUGAUGAUAGAUGAAAAGAAGUGCUAUUUAUUUGGUCGAAAUCCUCAACUUAAUGAUUUUUGUAUUGACCAUGCUUCAUGCUCCAGAAUUCACUGUUCAUUAGUGUACCAUAAACACCUCAACAUGGCCUUCCUUGUUGACCUUGGCAGCACUCAUGGCACUUACAUUGGAAAAAUCAGACUUGAAGGUCAAAAGCCCACACAGCUUCCAGUGAACUCUACCUUUCACUUUGGGGCAUCUACCAGAAUGUACACACUGAGAGAGAGACCACAAACUGCACCUAAACCUGUGAUGGAGGAGUUGGAGAGAAUGACAGAGGAUAGUGAUGGAGGCCUUUUGGGUCUUCCGGAGACUGAAACCGAGUUAGAUAAUUUAACUGAAUUUAAUACUGCCCACAAUAGACGUAUAUCAAUGUUGGGUAUUGGAGAAGAUGAUCCCAAACAGAGAGGCCUUAAACGGCACAAGUUUAAUGUCAGUUUUAAAGAUGAAGAGGAUGUCAUAAACCCAGAAGAUGUAGAUCCAAGUGUCGGAAGAUUCAGAAAUCUUGUUCAAACAACUGUGGUGCCUUCAAAAAAACGUCGAUUGGAUAUUAGUGGGCUCGUAUCAAGUAGUAGUGGACGAGACCACGAAGGAGUCGGUAAAAACCAGAUUCAGUUUCCUCGCAGUGAUGGCUUAUAUGCAGACUUACCACCAGAGCAGCAUGGUCAUGGAGGAGCACAUCACUCCAUGUUCUCCUCUCUCUUAUCUUCAAAACUUGGAUUACCACUACCAAAUCCAGCACCAGAGGUUGAACUUGCACCUCCAGAACCUGUAGCUCCUGAAGUACCUGCUCAUCUUCAAGUGUCUGUGGAUCCAGAUGAGCCUAAGAAAAAGAAGUAUGCCAAGGAAGCCUGGCCGGGCAAGAAACCUACUCCAUCUCUUCUUGUGUAGUAAAACAUAAUUGAAAUGGUAAAAAGAUGCAGAUUGACUUGAAAGCUACCGUAAUUUUUAUAAAAUAUUUUAUCGAUGAAAAAAUAAGCCCUAGCAUUUUGUGGGAGCUUUUUUGAUCUUUAUAUAUAUAUAUAUAUUUGUAUUUUUCUAGUGUCUGUUAUUGAAUUAAACUAAUGACAGUAUCUUGAUAGCUUUAGCUUAAGAUGAGUGUUCCAGAACUAGAGUGUAGUAACAAAUCAAGUCCUGAUCAGGUUAAAACUAUGGUGCCCAUCUUGGUCAGCUUUCCUGAACUUGAACAAUGAGCACUAGGUCAGUAUGUUGUGUUUCUCAUACAUGGAGUGUCAGAGUUAAUAAAUAUAAUGUAAGAUGUACUCAUGAGUGAAUGUUGCAUUAUCAUUUUCAUCUUCAUACAUACUUGCAAUUGUUCAUACUGUAAUAUUGUUAUCGGUAAUUUUAAGUCGAAUUAAUGCAAUAGAUAUAUAAUUGAUAAUUGAAUAAAUAUUUGUAUUUAU